GUAGCACGCAUCACUAUCCCAGCUACAGGUGAGCGCGUUUCGGUGCUCGCAGGCAUAGGUUUGAAGCCCCACGCGGCGCCAUGGCAUACAUGUUGACACCUACCUCUCCUCAACACAGCUGUCCUGCCCGGGGCCAGACACUGCGAACAUACUUCUCGCCCGGAAUAAGUGCUUACUUCAUGGCUAGUAACGAAACAGCAUUUGAGGUUGCGUUCCUGGAAGAGUGCGAGAUGCACAUGUUCAGCAACCACGCGUCCUUCAAGGGAUUUGAGACUGUGUAUAACCGUACACGCAGCGAUCCACAGUUCAAGUUGCCUCUGUUGUGUCGCAAGCGGCUGACAGAGGCAUACUUCCGCUCGGGGCUACAGUACAGGGCGCCGCUGAGCAGCUAGACGCUGACCUGUUGCGAUUUCAGGACGAGUACGUGGAUACAUUCAGCCUGCGUUGGGGGCGUUACCAUUUAUGUUCCACCCCAGGUGCGGAGAGUGCCCUGUGACCAUGCUAUGUAACUUGCAAACCCAGCAACGCCAAAAAUGCAGGCUGCCGACACGUGGCUGGCACCGAUGGGCAUAUGAAAGCAAGGCGGUCUCUGUGUGCAAACAACGGUGUACGUGCACCUAUCCCAGUCGCUGCCGUAACAAAUGGUGUCAUCAUGCGGGGCUGCACGCGCACCCCCGCUCCAAGCUCCCGCUACUGCAAAGAAUGCAAGGAGACGGGUGCUGCAGGUGCGUGCCGUGAGGAAAUGAAGGGAUUCUGGCUCCGUGGCUCGCAUCUUGGUUGCGGUACUACAAGGGCGCGUGCAUUCCUCCAUUGCAGGGAUUGUGGACACGCUGCCUAUCAAAGCAAUCAAGGGGUUCAGCACAAAGGAUGGAAAGCCCCGGUACCAAGUUGUCCGGUCGCGUGAUGCCAACACUUCUGUGGAGGCAUGGGUGGAGGCGGGAGACUUAGACGCCGCAGUAAUUUUGGAGUACCACGGGCGCAAGGUGAGGAAGCACGGAAUGUUUGUAAUGGCUCAUGUCGAAAAAGCUGUCCAUGUUGCAGGGUACAGCGCUUCCCGAAUCGGUGCGUGGUCUGGCACAUGUGGCAGCACUGUUGGCGGACAUGAACGCCAACCCAGAGCAUGUGCCUGCGUUGAGCACUUAUGCUCGAGGUGGCGGUGUGAGCCUGCUACAUACAUGAUCCCACAGAUGCAGACUGUGUGUCAUGCAACACAGAGAAGGGCAAGGACAAGGUGACAGUGAACACCACAUCAGCAGGUGUGUUAACAAGUAACAACACAGCAUUGCGGUACUUCCAUGGCAUGAGGUGUGCCCUGUGCAGGCGUCAUGGCAGUGUGCUGGGCGUGUGGUAUCAUUAUCAGCGUGAAGGAGUUGUAUGGAGCGGAGAGCCUCAGCCAGGUGUAUGCACAACUGGUCUCAUUGUGGGCCCUGCUAGUGUACGCACCCCCCUUCUUCUUCUAUGAUGACGGCUGUCAUCUGGCAAGGUGUGUAAGGCGGCCAAGAA